UGGCGGUAUUAUCGAGGGUAUUAUAUGUUUCGGUUUAGCUACAAUCCUAAAUAUCAGCAUAAAAUUUUAUUGAGGUCGACAUUUAAUUAUUUUCUGUUCGUGUUCCGAUAUUAUUUCUUCAUAUUUGCCGAUUUUUAUUGUUAGGAAAGUUGGUGUGAGCUGGUGAAAAAUACUGUAGAAGAGCCCUUUUUCUCGUUCAAAUAGGAUUUAAGUGAACGACAAUGCCGGGCAGGCCAGUGGAUAUCAAUGUGAUUUGCAGACUCUGUUUAAGUGAUAACAAGGAUUUAUUGAAAUCGUUUUUUGACGAUGAGCUAGUAUCGCAACAUUAUGUUCAAAAGGUCAUUCUCCUUGUUCAAAUACAGAUCAGUAAAAAUGACGGACUCUCCACAAUGGUUUGCAACGACUGUAUUAUCAGACUGGAUACCUGGUUUGCCUACAAGCAGCAAUGCCACAGGACUCAGAUCAAAUUGGCCGAAUGGCUGAAUAUAGCGACCAAUAAUGACCAGUUCAACCCUGCUGAAAUCCAUAUAAAAGAAGAACCUUAUGAUGGGAUGCAGCCAAGCAUGGAUAUAGAAUUGAACCAGGACAAUCAGGAAUUAGGUGAUCUGAACACUUAUUCUCAAGAUGGAAGUCAUUUAAAUAAUUUCGAUAUUAGGAAUAUUGAAACAGAUGAUGAUCGUCGUUGUCCUGAAUGCAAUCGAAUGUUUGGAAGCGCUCAGAAUCGUAGACGCCACCAAAACAUGUUGCACGCUAAAAAGGAACGCAGAGAACGAAUGCCGGAAAUUCCAAAAUCAUCAGCCCUAAAACGUCCACGCGAAACAAGCCCACCCUCAGAGAAGAGUCAUCCCGAAAAGAAAAGUCUGCCCUCAGGGACAAUCCAACCCUCAGAAACAAGCCAACCCUCAGGAACAAGCCAACUCUCAGAAAAUAUUCGACCUCCAGUGAUUAAUGAUUCCACAGCGAAAACCGACAAAGAACAAAACAUGGAGACAAAACCUAUCAUCCCUAUAUCUAUUCCAGGAAUCAAACAGGAAAAGAUCACAGAAACAUCAGGAAUCGUUAACAGUAUGGCGAAUGACUCAAAUAAUACUAAUACUUCAAACAUGGAUACCAAGCCUAUGGUUAAAACAGGUCUGGUAACCAAAACUGAAUUUCGUACCACUACUGACACUUCCGCUACUCCUGAUACUUCUGCCAAUCCUGAGACUUCAGCCACUGGUGAUAAAUCCGCCGCUGCUCAGAUUUCCGCCUCUUCUGAGAUUCCUACCACUGGUGAUAAAACCGCGACUGCUGAAACUUCGGCUACUGCUGAGACUCCUACUACUACUGAGACUUCCACUACUGCUGAGAUUUCUGCCACUGCUGACGCUCUCGCUACUACUACUCCCGCUACUGCAGACAAUCUCGCUACUGCUGAAACUUCCGCUAUUGCUGACACUUCCGUUACUGCUGACACUUCCGUUACUGCUGACACCUCAGCUAAUGUUGACACUUCAGCUAAUGCUGGUCCUUCCGCUAAUGACGACACCUCAGCUACUGCUGACACUUCAGCCAUUAGUAAUCACGUAGACGCUCAAGAAGACAAACAGAAAAUAUUAUUUGCAGCAGGCCUUAAACUCAGACAAAAAGACUCCAAUCAGGCACAAACUGGGUUAUCCAAACUGGAACUUUGUUACUUGGAAAAGUGCCACGCCUUGGUUACUAUGCACCUAACCCUUAAAUGUGCUUGUCAUAACAUUCAACAAAAAUCAAGAAGAAACCUAUUUUCACAUUUAAGGGAGACUCGUAUAUGGUUCCCCCUUUUUACUUGCUAUCAUUGUAUGAUAUCCUUUACGGAUAGAUCAACAUUUACAAGACAUGCUUCUAAAUGUGCCCGGGGUGUUUUCUUGGAGAAUCUAAAGAAACUUGCCAGUCUGAAAGAGAGAAGCAUCUUCAAAUCCAGAGUGUAUCAAAAUUUCAAAUGCAAUCAUUGUAGAUUUAUUUUCAGUUUUCAUGGAGAUUUCUGCCAACAUUUCAGUGAGGUUCAUGCCUAUGGAGAACCGCCUUAUUACUGCGCGUGCAGGUGCGUUUUUGAUUCAUUGGAAGAAUAUAAAAUGCACAAUUUCAGUUCUUGUGCAGUAUGUUAUUAUUGCGAUAUAUGCUUUAUUACCACAAAUACAGUCGAAGAAUUUGUAAAGCAUGCUGAAGAAAUGCACGAUGAUUCUGAAGGUUUUGAGUUGUUUCAAGGAAAUAAUUAUACUCCUAGAAGUAGUGGAUUUAGACAUAAAGAAGCUGAUGAUCAAGCUAAUAUAAUUGAAGGUAAAAGGGAACGAAGAAAAUCUUCAAGAGAACCUGUUGUUGUACAAAUUUAUGACAAUGAAAUUCCUAAAGAUUUGAAAGAUAUACCUACAAGAGUUAUUAGAGAAAUGAUUAUGGGUACAGAGCCUUAUCCAAUGCCGACAGGUGAAAAUGCAAACAAAACACCAACAAGUUGUCCUUUCUGUCAGAAGCAAUAUUCGAAUGUAAAUAACAUGCUCAGGCAUUAUAGGACUCAUAUAGAAAAAGGAGAAGUGGAUCCACCAAAACUUGCAAGACGCGAUGAUGAUCAAGAGGAUGAUGUAAAUGUAGAAGACUCAAUUUAUGAUGAAGAAGAACCUUAUGAUGACUUUUUACUAUAUUCAUGUGAUGAAUGUAACCAAUCGUUUACUUUUUCUGCAUAUAGAAAUCAUAAGUUAGAAAGGCAUAAUAUUGUUGUUGCCAGUGAAGAUGAGGAUGAUCAUAAUGGAACAUCCUUGCUUAAAGAAAGAUUUAGUGAAUAUAAUAUUGAAACUCAAUCUUCUGAACCAAAUAAAGACUUGUUCUGUGAGGUAUGCCAUCAGCGAUUCACUAAUGUGAAUGAUUUUGUGGACCAUUGUAAGAACCUAUAUUGCAAACUAAAAUAUCCCAAACAAUGCGACCAGUGUAACAAAAUUUUUGCUACAUGUGAAGAGUAUGGGCAGCAUAUGCAAAUGCACAACAUAAUCAAUAAUUCAAAUAAAACUGGAGGAGAAUAUCCAAAACAAUGCGAAUAUUGUGAUAAAGUUUGCAGUACACCUGCAGGCUAUCAUUUACAUACUCAAAUGCAUGAAAAAGUUACUUUGGGAGACAUAAAAACAACGAAAAAUGAAGAUGAAGAAGAAGAAGAAGAUGACGAAGAUGAAUCUUAUCAUACAUGCAAGAGAUGCUUCAAGGUAUUUGGUACUAAAGGGAAAUUAAAAGAACACAUGAAAAGUCAUGGUAUCACGAAUAAGUCUAAUAAAAAACGCAAAGUACUUUGUGAUCUCUGUCAUGUGGCAGUAGACGAUCAAGAAAGUUUGGCAAAACACAAAGCUGAAGAACACAGUGAUGAAACUGAUGAAAUGCCAGUUUUGAGAAGCGAAGUGGAAGUUGGUGACUAUGACCAAGAGGCAGGUGUUAUGUACGCAUGCGAAAUUUGCGAAUUGACUUUUAGAUCUGUAGCUGAAUUAGCGGCGCAUAGACCCACUCAUUUGGUGAAAACAAAACAUCAUGCUUGUAAAUAUUGUAAAGUAUCCUUCAGUUCUAGUAAUGAUUUGACUAAACAUAUGAACUCAGCUCAUUCUGAGAGUGCCAAACCAAAAACAACCAAAGAUCAUAAACCAUUUAAAUGUCCUAUUUGUAGAAAGGGAUUCAUAAGUCAUGGCGCUAUGACUACCCACAGUGGUUGGCAUAAACGUGGAAAAGGAAAAGGCGGAAAAUCAUAUAAAAACACUCUUAGAGGAACUGCAGCUGCUAAGCUAGAGAAAAGAGAUAGGGUUUUAAGGAAAAUAGCUCCAGCAACUACAGUUAUACCUAAAGUUGAACCUGGUACAGAAUCCCCAGAAUUUAUAUGUCCACACUGUUUAACGGUAUUGCCCAAUGAUACUGCAUUGCAAAUUCAUAUUUUGGAGAAUCACGAUGAUUUGGACGCACAAAUGCUGAUACCUAGAUGUAAUAAUUGUAACAAAGAUUUCACCACUCAGGCCGAAUAUGACAUUCAUAAAAGAUUCCAUGACUUUUUAGAGAGGCAAAAGAAGCACGAGAAGCUAUUGCUCGAGCAAAAAUCACAACAUCAAACUCCAGUUAUCAGUAAUGUGCAGAGUGUGAUUGAAUCACGCUCGGCUAGCCCCCAGAUAAAAAGAUUCCCUUGUAGUUGGUGUAGUUCAAUAUUCAGCAGGCAAGACACUUUGAAUACACAUAUUAAGCAACGUCAUGCGGAGCAUGUUAGAACAAGCUUUGAGUGCACCGAAUGCGAUAGAGUAUUUGAUAAACAAAAUGCAUUAACAAUUCAUUUGAAAAUGCAUUCGAAGCAAAGGUUGAAUCCUGUCGCUGUGCCAAUACGCAAUCCACCUUUUCUCAAUGUUAGUGGAACUAAAAUGUUUAGAUGUUCUUUGUGUAAUAUGAGUUUCAAGUUUCCUAAGGAUUUGAGGAUGCAUACCAUAACUGCACAUCCAUUUUGAGGUUUUUGAGAGGUUGUUCUUUCACUACAUGUUUCGGGCUAUGACAGGCCUCAUCAGCGUGGCUAAAAAAGCAAUUGAUUGUGAUGAAACGAUUACGUUUAAGAUGCAUCCUGUUAUCAGUUUUUUUUGACGAUUAACCCUAAUCGCCGAUUAUUUUUCACGAUUUAGGGAAAUAUUUUAGAAACAUUUUUAUUCUGGGUUUUAUUUUAUUUCACUUUUUAAGGAAAUACCUAAAGCUUUUUUGGAUAUUUCGUUUAAUACUCGUAAUCGUAUAAGUUCAAUCGUUGCAUCACUAAUAAUAUUUCACAUAACACUCACUUUAUAUAUAGGUAUAUCUGUCUAUACGGGUGUAUAUUUUAAGUGAUACCACUAUUGCUAUAUCCGGAACAGUAAGAGCUACAAGGGACGGUUAAAUUAGAAAAAAAUUGCCUUUUUUGAUGCCCAUUCAAGAUUUGUCUACAGUGUUAACAAAUUCCUUUUAGUUUAUGAAAUACAGGGUGAUUCCUCAAGAAACGCUUAAAAAUAUUUCAUCAAUUAUUUUGAAAACUAUUGAUUUUCGAGACACAAUUUGAAUUUGAAAGUUUUAUAAUUUUCUUCGCUCUACAACAUGGCAUGUUCAAAUUUUAAAUCUGACGUUUAGUGAUCGAGCUACCAUCCACAACUUCAUUUUUUUGAAUACAGACCUGGAUUUCUUAUGUCAUUUUUAGAAAGCCCACUUUAUUCCCAAUUCAACGAUAUACCUUUUAAGUAUCAUUGGCCGACGUUUCUGCUUAAAAAAGUGAUCAUCAGUGAUUUUUACCAAAAUUUCACUUUAAUUGGGCCUUGGAAUUCGUUCUUUGUAACAAAGACGGUCUAAUAAGUACUUUUUUCCUUUAUUAUUUAAAACAAAAAAUAAUUGUAUGAACAAAAUUAUCUAAUUAUGAACAAAAAUUAAAGUGAAAUUUUGGUAAAACCACUGAUGAUCACUUUUACCAAAAUUUCACUUUAAUUCGGCCUUGGAAUUCGUUCUUUGUAACAAAGACGGUCUAAUAAGGACUUUUUUCCUUUAUUAUUUAAAACAAAAUUAACAAAAUAAUUGUAUGAUCAAAAUUAUCUAAUUAUGAACAAAAAUUAAAGUGAAAUUUUGAUAAAACCACUGAUGAUCACUUUUAAGAGCAGAAACGUCGGCCAAUUAUACUUUAAAGCUAUAUAGUUGAAAAGGGAAUAAAGGGCGUUUUCUAAAAAUGACAUCAAAAAUCCAGGUCCGUAUUUAAAAAAAUGAUGUUGAUGAUGUUAGCUCAAUCACGAAACGUCAAAUGUGAAAUUUGAAGAUGCCAUGUUGUAGAGCGAAAAAAAUUAUAAAACUUUCAAAUCCAAAUUGUGUCUCGAAAAUUGAUAGUUCUCGAAAUAAUUGAUGAAAUAUUUUUAGGGGUUUCCUAGUACUUCAUAAACUAAGAGGAAUUUGGCAACACUGUAAACGAGUCUUAAAUGGGCAUUAAAAAUUUAGUCUCGUUUUGUUCUCGCCAGAGUAUGGUCGGUUGGUUUAAGGAGCUCAAUAGAGCCUACGAUUAUUCUGAAGGUUUUGAGUUGUUUCAAGGAAAUAAUUAUACUCCUAGAAGUAGUGGAUUUUGAUAUAAAGAAGCUGAUGAUGAAUCUAAUAUAAUUGAAGGUAAAAGGGAAUGAAGAAAAUCUUCAAGAGAACCUGUUGCUGUACAAAUUUAUGAGAAUGAAAUUCCUAAAGAUUUGAAAGAUAUACCUACAAGAGUUAUUAGAGAAAUGAUUUUGGGUACAGAGCCUUAUCCAAUGCCUACAGGUGAAAAUGAAAACAAAACACCAACAUGCUCAGACAUUAUAGGAUAGGGUGGUGCACUAGAGACGUGUAAGACCAAAUUUGGGCUCACCUCUGCGUGUAAAAACCGAGAUUCAUCGCCACCCUUGGAUUUGUUGGGUCUUUUUGACUAAGCCGGCUUAGAUUCCUAGAGAAACAGAAAGCUCACUUGUGGAAAUGUUAGCAAAAUGGCGCCCAGAGUCUGUUAGACUCGUGAAAACGCUGUUUUUUUUUAACAGAAAUAGAUUAUAUCUGGCUUCAGCGAUUGUUCUAGGCAAAUCCUUCACAAAAGAGAAAAAUUGAAGAUAGAAGAAAUUGAAACGACUAGACCUUUGAUAUGGCCUAGAGCCAGACAACAUCAGGGUCACCACGAAAUUGACAUUUCCUUAGUAGAAGCGCCAUAAAUAAACAAGCAAAAAACAGGUAAACUUUUUUCUAAUUUAACCGACCUUAUAGCUCUUACCGUUUCGGAUAUAGCAAUAGUGGUAUCACUUGAAAUAUACACCCUGUAUAUAUUUUCUUUAUUUUAAAACUAGAAUAAGUGGUUCUCUUCAAAUUAAAAUUGAGUGAUAUGAUCUAUAAAAGUAAUAAAAGUAGAAGACAAUUUUAUUUACACAAUUUUGAUGAUUUGUGUAUAUACCUGAAGUUUUGUGUUUUAUAUUAUUUGAUCUACAAUUUUAAAAUUAAUGUACUGUUAUCAAACUGCUGAAAUCCAAUCGCCGGGAAAAGAAAAUGGACAAGCUUCGGUUUUGAAGAUAUUAAAAAUUGACCCUAACUUGCAGCAAAUUUAGAAAAAAAAAUGUUUUGAGAAUUUAAAUUUUGUGGUCUAGAACAUCUAUUGGUUUAUAAUUUAUUUUUGGGGACACAAAUGAUUCAGUUAUUUGAUGCAGCUACAUUUGUAAGUAGUAGUUGUAAACGAAUUAAGACUUAAUAUGAUAAUGUAUAUGUAUUAUUGAAAACAUUUUAUUACCCAUUAUGCUUUCAGGAAUCAAGUCUGAAAGUUACCAUGCGUUGCCUAGGUUCCUUUUGGACUUCAUUCACGAAAAAUACUAUAGUAUUCUUGUAAGUUUUUUUGUUGUACCUACUGUAAUGUGAAAAUAGAUCCUACUACAGAAUAA